AAAUUUGGUUAGUCCACGAACAAUGAGUGUGAACCCGUUAUUCAUUCUGGAAGGCAAAGCUGGCAAUACAGGCGAAGAAAAUCUUCUUGUAAUAGAAGACUGAAGUUGAAGAACUGGAAAAGUGAUUGGAAGAGAUUCGACUCUGGAAGAUAAAGUGAGGACGUCUGCAAGAAAAAGACAACCUAUAAAAACCAAAAUGUCCAAUGUCAGUAAAGAAGCAAACAAACCAGUUCAAGCUUUAUUAAACGCAGUCGCGACCAGCAAGCUUCGUCUGGUUCGAUUACUCGUCGAAGGAGGUGUACACGUGGACAGCCGCAAUGAUCACGGACAAACCCCGUUAUUGAUCACGUGUUUAUCCUCACACAACACGUGUCACAUCCGUGGGGAGACUAGAGAGAAAGUCGUAAAGUAUUUGAUCUCUGCUGGUGCGGAUGUUAAUGCGAAAGACGAGACUGGACGAACGCCGCUGAUUUAUGCAGUUAUAAUGCGGGCGUGUGUAAUAUUUGAUCUUAUAAAUGCAGGUGCUGACCCAUGGUUGGAAGACAGCAGUCACAAGUGCGCCUUCGAUUAUGCCUUACAGCAGCGGGAUUUAGUUCAAGCUAAAACUAUUGUUGAAGCAUGCAAGAGGAAAAUGCGAGAGAUGGCCCGUGACUUUGGAAAAAUGGAGGAUAAGACGAUGUGGACCAUGCGUGACGUGGAAAGAACGCCAAGUAUCAACCCAGUCCAAGAGAAUAUUCAGGAUGUUUCAAUUGGAAAACCAGAGAAAAAGCUGGGAAAAAAGAAUAAAUCCGAAACCAAUAAAAAGUCCAAAGUGUCGUCAAAGAUCCGCAAACGACCAUCCAGGAACACAAGUUCCCCUAGUCUGGUCACAAUUGGCAAGAAGAGCCCUACAGAACAUCAACGCAAAUAUUCCGGGCCACCCCAAGUUAAUUCCAUCAAUCCUCAUAAUGAAAACGUUGAAAUCCUCUUCCAAAAGCCCCCUAUUCUUUUCACAACCACCGACUGUGCCACUCAGGAAAAUACGAGCAAGAUAUCUCAAUCAAAAAAUGUCAUUCAGAUCCACGAAGAUGCUCAACUCUGCGGUCUGUGUAAGACUAUCUUUGGUACACAAUACGAGAACGAGGCUGAGAUUUUAGACCUAUCAGAAAACCUCAAUUUCCAAGAAUCUGAAUUCACUGGUCUGCUGUAUCGACGACGAAGUACAGGAAGUUUAUUUGGCCUAACGCGAAAACGCUAUGAAGCAAUUCGCAAAAAACGUGAAUUAGGAAUCACAAUAGACGACACUGAUCUGCCAAUGGUAGAUACCAACCCACUCUUCGUAAAAAGCUCUCAGACAAGUACUUUGGUUGAUAUUUCUGCGAAUGAACUGUUGGUUCCUGACCGCGCUCGUUCAUUAAGUGUUUGCCUACCACCACUGGAAGGAACAAGAAGCCACUUGGAAGAAGAUGAAAGGAAAGAUAUGAUUUCAGCAACAUCUGUUCCGGAACUUCGCACAAUGGCAUGGUCACAGGCUGGAAGAAUGGUUCUGGAUUCACGUGUUUAUCUUAGAAAUGAGGGCGAUGAUGAUGACAUCAUCAUUAUUCCGUCAUCCUCACAAGAUGACAUCACGACACCUUACCAAGAGCACGGGUCAUCAUCUGCAGCUUGUGACAAAAACGGUCACUUGGAAACUUGCAAUUCACCAAUCCCUACUAUUGUUCUUACAGAUUAUGUCAAAGUUGAUCAAAAGUAAAUUUGUCAAAAUAAAUAGGCAAGCUAGUUUAUGUUUAAUAGAGAAUUGUGAUUUCUAAUAAAUCCU